AUGGCGGCGGAUGGGAGGAUGCCGGAGAGGGAGAAGAAGCAGGUGGCGAUGGACGGGCGGAAGGAUGGGGUGGCGCGGGAGGUCAUCCGGAUGGAGCGGGAGGCCGUCAUCCCCAUCCUCAAGCCCAAGCUCGUCAUGCGCCUCGCAUACCUCAUAGAGCAUGAGGCUGAUCGAAAUGAGUUCCUGAAGCUGUGCAAGAAGGUGGAGUACACCAUCCGGGCCUGGUACCUCCUCCAGUUCGAAGACCUCAUGCAACUGUACUCACUGUUUGAUCCUGUUUCUGGUGAGAAGAGGUUAGAGCAACAGAACCUGACAUCAGAGGAAAUUGAGACCCUUGAAUUCAAUUUCAUGACAUAUCUUUUUCAGGUGAUGGAAAAGAGCAACUUCAAGUUGUUAUCAGAUGAAGAGUUCGAUAUUGCGCAAUCUGGAAAAUAUUUGUUGAAUCUUCCAAUCAAAGUUGAUGAAUCUAAGCUAGACAAGAAGUUGUUGACGAAAUAUUUUAAAGAGCACCCACAUGACAAUCUAGCAGAAUUUUCAGACAAGUAUAUCAUCUUUCGUCGGGGGAUUGGAAUUGAUCGAACAACUGACUACUUUUUCAUUGAGAAAGUAGAUGUAAUGAUAUCCCGAGCUUGGAGGUCAUUGCUCAGGGUUACCAGGAUUGACCGAUUGUUUUCUAAGAAACAACAUUUGAAGCCAAAGAAUGAUACGAAGAAGACUGAUGAAAUUAAUGAAGAUGAAGAAGAUCCAGAAUUGUUUGUUGAGAGAAUUCGAUUAGAAAAAAUUGAAUUAAGUUUGAAAAAUCUGAUGAGUAAGAUGACAAUUCAAGAACCUACAUUCGAUAGGAUGAUUGUGGUGUACAGGAGGGCUGGUACAAAGACUAAGCCUGAUCGAGGAAUAUUUGUAAAGCACUUCAAGAAUAUCCCAAUGGCUGACAUGGAAAUUGUUCUUCCAGAGAAGAAAAAUCCGUCACUAACACCAAUGGAUUGGGUCAAGUUUCUCAUUUCUGCUGUUAUCGGUUUGGUCACUCUAGUUGGCUCUCUUGAAAUGCCAAAGGCUGAUGUAUGGGUUGUAAUAGCAAUCUUGUCUGGUGUGAUUGGAUACUGUGCUAAGAUAUACUUCACAUUUCAACAAAAUAUGACAAUUUAUCAGAAUUUGAUUACAAAAUCAAUGUAUGACAAACAGCUUGAUAGUGGGAAAGGAACUCUCCUUCACUUAUGUGAUGACGUGAUACAGCAAGAAGUUAAAGAGGUCAUAAUUUGUUACUACAUUUUAAUGGAGCAGGGAAAAGCCACUAUACAAGAUCUUGAUUUACGCUGUGAAGAGCUUAUAAAAGAAGAGUUUGGCGCAGAGUGCAAUUUUGAUGUUCAUGAUGCUAUAAAGAAGUUAGAGAAGCUUAGCAUUGUUCAUCGGCGCCACGGCAGUCGCAACUCGCGACCGACAGCUGUCGGUGGGACUGGCAUGUGGGCAAAGGUGGGGCAGGCUCUGAAGCGGAAGCCAACAGCAUGGGUGGGGCAGGCUGGUUGGCAGCGGCGCGUCCUGCAGCGCCAACAGCCCAACACGCACAAUGGCAGUUCACCAUAUGCACCAGUAAGGCUUUUCCUUUUAUCGCAGGACUCGAUUGGAAGGAUCUUGUGUGUUCCGUUGAAGCGUGCGAACGAGAUCAUUGGUACAACGACUGAAGAACUGGUGAUGCGAGCGCAACAGAGCCCUGCUUCGUAG